UUUUAUACUUUUAUUGUAUUAUUUCUAUUCUGACUAUUGUUAUUUUCUCUUAUUGUUUGUUGUUAUUCACUUAACAAUAAGACACAAUUCCUCCUUGAAGAUAAUCGAUGCAUCUGAUUGGCUCUCCGUGUGUUCGUGCAGAAGAAGCUGGCGGCGGAGCCGGACUACACCGACGUGUCGUUGUCGGCGGCGGAACGCGUGCGAGCGCUCGGGAAGAUGGGGAGCAGCGUGGAGCUCAACGAGGACGUUGCUCCCAGAAGAUACCUCCGCUCUGGAGUGGAGAUGGAGCGCAUGGCGGAGGUUUACCUUCAGGAGGGGAGUCUGGAGAACGCCUAUGUCCUCUACACCAAGUUCAUCACUCUGUUCGUAGAGAAGCUGCCCGCUCACAGAGACUAUCACAACUGCAGCCUUCCAGAGAAGCAGCUCAUCAUGAAGAAACUUCAGGAAGUUGCGUUUCCUCGUAAAGACGAGUUGAAGAAACGUCUUCAGGAGAAAUACAGCAGGGAACACACCGAGUACCUCAGAGCCCAGAGCCAGGCGGCGGCAGUGGCGGUGGAUGUGUGUGGUCAUCAGCUGCAGCGUCUCUCCCUAUUGGGCGAGGACAGGAGGCGUGGCCUCUUAUUGGAGGAGCGGCAGCGUGUCGCUGCCCUGCGACGCAUGCAGAUCGAAUCGGAGCAGUUUCGCUACUUCGAGGACCAGUUGAGGCGGCAGGAGCUGGCCAAUCGGAGAGGAGAGGAGGAGGAGCCUAAGGUGGAGACCAAAGUGCCUGAGGUGACGGAUGGCUCCUGUCUGUCUCGGCAGCCAAUCAGA